ACAAACUAUAGAACAAAUUUAUUGUGAUCCAUUUUAUCAGCAUCCUUGCUUGUUUAUUUUAGUCUGUUUUACUUUAGCUCUGUAAAUAGAGUGUGUACCUAUUUGUGUAGUCAAGUGUUACUGUGUUAGUCAUUCGGCAAUUUGCAUAAUAUUUAACAUUGAUAAAGCAUCAUGUUGGGGGAUAUAGAGAACAAACGUAAAGUUCCUACAAUGCUACAAAAAAUACUACAAUAUGACAUCCAAAUUAGCAAAAAGUUUGUGGACAUGUCCCACAGUAUUACUGCACUCAGAUCGCUGAGAAUACAUUCUAAAUUAUUGGAGGUAUCAUGUCAUGGAAUAGUAUGGCUUGCUGGAUGGUUGACAUUUAUAUGGCUUUUCAAUAGUAAAGACCUCUAUCAAUUGCAAGUCAAUAUGUUAAUUGCACUCCUGUUGGAUAUUGUGGUAAUUGCCAUUCUUAAAGCUUUUGUGAGAAGACGCAGACCUGUGCCAAUGAAUAAACUAGUCCCUGGCAACCCGGACAAGUAUUCCUUCCCUUCUGGACAUGCAAGUAGAGCGGCAAUGGUAGCAUUUAUACUUAUCUGCAUAGAUCCAGUGUCAAUGUUGUUCUACCCACCAUUAUUGGCUUGGGUGACAUCUGUUUGUAUGUCGAGGGUUUUAGCUGAGAGACAUUAUAUUUUGGAUGUCUUGGCCGGAGUAGGUAUUGGUGUACUCGAAGGCCUUUUCAUGUCAAUUUUGUGGUUUUCACAGAGCACUUCUCAGAGUAUUCUUACCUCGUUGUCUGACGAGAAAAGAGAUGGUGGUGAAUACCACGUUUAAUAUAUUAAUGAUUGAGUUAUUUUAUGUGUUACACAGUUUUUAUUUGAGUGAUUUUUUAAUUAAUAUAAUAUUAGGUACUAACACCAAGUCUAUUGUGAGAGUUAAAUAAAUUAUAAUUGUUGCAUUGGA